GCAUAGUAGAGACGGUAUGAGUUCCGUUGCGCGGGCACGUCGUCAACACGUUACCGCUGCUGCCGUCGACACCGCCACCGCCAACGCCGCCGCCGCCGCCGCCGCUGUAGUCGUCGUACGUUGUGUAGUCGCGGGCAAAUGAGCAGUAGUCGUUCCGCGCAAGGUUCGUGCUCUCUUCGCACACACGACAUGCACCCGCUCGCGUUUACAUAUAUAUAAUAUAAUAUAUUAUUAUCAAUUAUUAUAACCGAUGACAUCGUCGUUAUAAUAAUAUUAUAUAUAUUUUAAAAAAAAAAAUUCUCUAUUCGUUUUGUGCCGCUUGUGAUUUAUUAUUUUUAUUAUUUUUUUUUUUUAUUACUAUUGUUUAAUCGCGGAUUUUUUAUUUAUGUAAAUUUAUAUCAUAUUGUUUUUGUUUUCGUCUAUAUUUUCUUCUCGUUUAAAUACACAUAUACAUAUUUUUUCAUCAUACUCUUCGUUUAUACAUUUCGUAUUCCAUCACUCGCACUUCUGUCCACAACGCGUUUUUUCAAAGUUCAUUUUAAAAUUUUUACUUCCGUCUUGAGUAUUGUUGGUGCCAGCAUUACAGCCAGUCAUCGCAACCACAUUCGCGCAGGAAUAAUCGUUUCACCACCGGAUUGCGUCGGAAAAUAACAGCUCUAUAGACUAACUUCCUCCGCAUUAGUAGUUAUGUGGAAAGACUUCAAGAAGUUAAAACUUCUACUAUGGAAGAAUCUACUGAUACAGAAGCGACACCCUAUCCAGUCGUUCAUAGAGAUACUGUUACCGGCCAUCAUGGCCGGCAUAAUGGUUAUGUUCAGAUCGUGGGUGCAGCCGGUCGAGUUCAACAACGUCACCAGAUUCGAACCAUUUCCCAUAACAGUGCCACCAUUAAUAUUGGGAUACAGAAACGGAUGGUCCAUAGCAUGGGCUCCUUAUGACCCGGAAUUGGAAAAAAUUAUGAACGACUCUUUCUCGCGUACUCCCAAUACGAAGCUUGUAUCAUUCGAAACUGGCGACCAGAUGGAAGAAAGGCUAAAUCAAGAUAAUGCAAUGAAAAAAUUUCUUGUUGGGGUUCGUUUUGAUAAUAUCAAGCCGAAUUCUACGUUACCAAAAAGUGCAAUUAUAAAGCUGAGAUAUCCGUGUCAUCUCCGGAUAACGAAAAAGAGUCUGAUGAGCUUCGACACGAUCGAAGCGAACUGGCGGACUUACUUAAUGUUUCCUUUGUAUCAGACUUUCGGUCCUAGGCAUAAAUCAGAAAACGACGGAGGCGAACCAGGUUAUUUGUCCGAGUCGUUUUUGUACUUGCAAAAUCAGAUCUCCAAUGCCUUAAUACGAUACUGGGCUCCCGGCGAGUACUUGCCGGAAAUCGAACUACAGAGAUUUCCAUAUCCAAAAUACAUAGAAGACCCCUUGCUACCAGCACUCACAUCUUUUAUAUCUACGGUGGUGUUACUCAGUUACAUUUACACCGCCAUCAAUACCAUCAAAGUGAUCUCAGCUGAAAAAGAAAUGAAAAUGAAGGAAGCUAUGAUGCUCAUGGGCUUAGAUAAUUGGUUGCACGCUUGUGCGUGGUACUUGAAGAGUUUCGUCGUAUGGAUAGCGCCGCUGUUGAUAUUGGUGUUUUUUAUAACGUUCGAUUGGCCUACAGGCGCGGUAUUUCAAUACUCUGACCCACUAGUACUGAUGGCGAUACUGACAUUGUACGUGACUGCCGGAAUAUCAUAUUGCUUUUUGAUAUCCGCCUGCUUUAAAAAAGCCAAUACAGCAGCGACCGUUGGUGGUGUAUUGUGGUUUGGGACUUAUGCACCAUUUAUGAUCUUCCAACCCAAGUACUCAUCCAUGACCAACAGAGAAAUCUUGGCGUCGACCAUAUUGCCAAAUACGGCGUUAGGAUACAUAUUCCAGAGUCUCAUCAUGUUUGAAGGUAUCGGUAGCGGGCUGACGUGGGAAAAUAUCAAAGUGACGGUGUCUCCGGACGACAAGAUGUGCAUCGCGGACAUAAUGCUCAUGUUGGUAUUUGAUACGGUUCUGUACCUGUUGAUCGCCGUUUACAUAGAAACGGCUUUCCCGCGCAACAGCGGUUUCCACCCUCCAUGGUAUUUUCCAAUAAUGCCGUCAUUCUGGUUCGAGAAAAAAGUUAACCAUAAAAACAUUACCGAAAAAUCUGGCAUACAUAUACAAUCUCUCAGCAAGAGUUUCACGCCCGGCAAAUACGUAGUCAACAAGCUCUCAGUGGACAUGCAUCCUAAUCAAAUAACUAUUUUAUUGGGUCACAACGGUGCUGGAAAAUCUACUACCAUGUCCAUGUUGACCGGACUGAUAAGUCCAACAUCCGGAACAGCGUUGAUAGAAGGAUAUGAUAUAAAAACUCACAUGAAAACCAUAAGACAUUCUUUAGGGCUUUGCCCUCAAUACAAUCUACUCAUACCAGACUUGACCGUAGUAGAGCAUUUGUACUUUUUUGGAAUGUUGAAAGAUUUAAGUGAAGAAGAUUUGAAAAGCGAAAUCGAUAAAUAUACAGCUAAAUUUGAACUGGAGUCAAUGAUUAACACAAAGUCCAAGCAUCUGAGCGGAGGGAUGAAAAGAAAACUGUCGGUAGCCAUAGCAUUAAUAGGAAAAUCGAAGGUGGUAUUGAUGGACGAACCGACAUCGGGAAUGGACCCGGCGGCCAGACGCACUCUGUGGAAUAUUUUACAAUCUGAAAGGGAAGGAAGAACAAUGGUGAUGACAACGCAUUUAAUGGACGAAGCAGAUUUAUUAGGUGACCGUGUCGCCAUUAUGAAAGCUGGCACUCUUUGUUGUGUCGGAACACCAUUUUCGUUGAAAAAAGAAUAUGGCGGUGGUUAUACCUUAACUCUUGUUAAGGAUGUAGUCGGUUUCAGUUUGACUAAAGUGACAAAUUUCGUUCGUAAAUAUUACCCACAUUCAGUACCAAGCAACCUGACCGUCAUGGAAGUUACGUAUCAGCUAGAAGAUUCGUCACUGUUUCCAGAUCUGCUUAACUCCUUAGAGCAAACUAAACAGACGUUAGGAAUAAAAGAAUAUGGAAUAACUUUGACUACGCUGCAAGACGUAUUUAUGCGAGUUGGCCAAGAAGAUAACAAGAAACUAUCGGAUUACCAGAUGAACGCGAUCAAACAAAAAUCAAUGGAAUUGAAGAACCGUUUCGAUACGUUAUUCUACGACCCCGAGUGCGAUUCUACCGAUUUCAAAUCUGAAAGGGCCAGAGGAUGGAAAUUAUUUUGGAUCCAAGUCGGGGCGAUUAUGGAAAAGAAAUGCUUGCAGUCGUACCGUUCUCUGAUAUUGCACUCGCUACAAAUAACGCUAACAUUAUUUUUCAUAUUAUUGGCCCUGCUGGUCGUCAAUUCUUGGCAGGGUAUGAAAGACUUGCCGGCUCUAACAGCUGAAUUAGCGAAUUACUGGGAGCCUAUCAGCACGGUCAUGAUAUCCACCAAUAACACGAAAAUUGGCAAUUUUUACGAGUCAUACAAGAAUGCUUGUGCACCCAACCCGGUUUUGGAUUUGAAUUACCGUACCACGUACAGUUAUUUCGAAGACUUCUUACUGCGAGUGGCCACCGAAAAGAUAUCACCUUUUACACAAAAGUACAUUGUCGGUGCUAUUUUCGGCGAAGAUAGGAUUACUGCAUAUUUUAACAACCAACCGUACCACGGUCCACCGUUGGCACUCAGCAUGGUGCACAAUGCUAUACUGAAAAGUUACAAAGGAGAAGAGUACGGAAUACAGAUAAUAAAUCAUCCACUGCCCUAUCAAGGAGUAGACAAGCUGAUGAAAUUGACUGGAGGCAGCAAUCUGGGCUAUCAGGUAGCGUUCAACUGCGCCAUUUCCCAAGCUUUCGUGUGUGCCGUGUACGUGCUGUUCGCCGUCAAUGAGCGUCAGACCGGUGCCAAGCACAUGCAACAAAUUGCCGGCGUCAAACCAUUGGCCUACUGGGGCGCGUCUCUGUUGUGGGACUGGAUAAGUUACCUGACCGUUAUAUUCUCCAUUCUGAUAAUGCUCUUCUAUCACGGCGAUCCAGGAUACUCGAGCUGGAAACAAAUGGGACUGAUGCUGAGUUUACUGGUGGCUUUCUCGUGGGCGACGCUGCCACUGAUGAGUCUGUUUUCGUAUCUGUUCCAAAACCCGUCUACUAGUUUUACGAGAAUAUCAAUGUUUAGCGUUAUGACCGGUGCCUUCUGCUUCAUGCUGGUGCUUAUUUUGGACAUGCAACCACUAUGUUUGAAAGAUCAUGCUAAGUUUAUUGACAACUUGAUGAUUUAUUUCCCACAUUAUGCUCUCGGAAGCGGUUUGAAAAACAUAUACUCUGCAUAUGAGUACAACGAAAUUUGUGACUUCCAAAAGAACGCCACGUGUUUUGGAUGGGAUGGUGACAAUCUGUCGUGGACCACCCCCGGAAUUGGCAGAAACAUGACGCGCUUGUUCUGGUUGGGAUUAGUGUGUGUGAUUUUACUGUUGUCGUGCGAAUACUUAACGUACUACGGAAACAAGGUCCACUGCAUGCUUAUGAAACUCUACAGCCACGUCAUGUUUAAGAACUCUGUCAAAGAAGAUAAGUACGACUUAAACUGUUACGAAUCGGACGUGUCUCACGAGAAGCAAGUGGUCAACGGCGCCGAUCCGCACAACUAUUGUCUAUACCUCAAUAACGUCUGGAAGAAAUAUGGGAACAAGGAAGCCGUCAGGGGACUGAAUUUGGCUCUUAAGGCCAACGAGUGUUUUGGUCUGCUGGGGUCGAAUGGUGCCGGAAAGACGACCACAUUCAAGAUGCUGACGGGUGACAUAAAGAAUACUGCCGGUGACAUUUACGUAUGUGGCGUGAAUGUCAACAACAACCGCGAGAAGAUACACGAGGUGGGUGGAUACUGUCCUCAAUUCAACGGUCUCAUCGAAGAGCUCACUGGCUAUGAGACGCUCCAUUUCUUCUGCAAGUUGAGGGGUAUGUCCUACAAAGAAGCGUCCACUGUGCCAUUCCAGCUGGCCUCCAGGUUGGCUUUCAUGGCUCACUUAAACUCUCAAGCGAAAAACUACAGUGGCGGAAACAAGAGGAAACUCAGCACGGCCAUAGCUAUGAUCGGUGAUCCAAGCAUUCUAUUCUUAGACGAACCUACCUCCGGCCUAGACCCUGCAGCUCGGAAACACCUCUGGGAUACGGUGAGCGAGGAGAGGGAUCGCGGCAAAUGCGUUUUCAUCACGUCUCACAGUCUCGAGGAAUGCGAAGCCUUAUGCACUCGUCUGGCCAUAAUGGUGGACGGCCGUCUGUGCUGCAUCGGAUCUGUGCAGCAUUUGAAAAACAAAUUCUCUGUUGGCUACCAGCUGCACAUAAAAUUCCACCCUGACAACCAUGCGAGAGCUAAAGAUUACGUGAUGAAAUCGUUUGUCGGCGCCAACUUACGUGAAGAAUUCGAAAUCACGGCGCUGUUCCACAUUCCCAAGAAGUAUCCGUGUUCGUACGCUUUCGCUCAAAUGGAACAAGCCAAGAAAGAGCUGUUGAUCGACGAUUAUUCGAUAACGCAGACUAGUUUAGAACAGGUGUUUUUGAGCUUUACCAGAAAUCGUGAACAAGCAAUUGCAUAACGUAUGUCGUCCACGCGCAGCCGGCAGGAUGCCGACCUCGUUUCAUCCUACGUUUGUUCCCCACCCCCGUCUCAACCCCAUCCCAAUCCCAAUUUUUAAAUAUAAGUUUAUGAGUGCCAUGUCAAUGAAAAAAAAAAGAAAACAACGAAAGAAAAAAAAAUCAAA